UUGAAGCCCAAGUACGGACCCCGUGCAGGUUGUACGCCCAGUCGCCGUCUUCUCCACCUGGCGCUCUCGCAGAUCAGAUCACCACCACCGCCACCGUCCCCGGUUCUCGGUCGCCGGAGAUCACCCCCUCCUCCGGCGACCCCGCCACCGCCGAUCCCGGAGAAAGUGGGACACCCGCCCCGAAGCCCCAGCUCGUGCCUCCCUCCCCCGAGCCACUCACACCCUCAAUUUGGCUCGUCCGCCACGCCCGGACCAGCCCCGCCAGGUCCGCUAGGGUUUUGGCCCGAUGGAUCCGCUCAGGAGCUACCUGGGGCGGCUCCUCCUCGAGGAGAUCACCCCGGUGGUGACGGUGCUGACCACCCCGCUCGCCGAGGCCGCCUGCCGCAAGAGCGGCCUGAGCUUCGUCGACAUGCUCUCACCUUUCUCGCUCUUCAAGAAAAUCGACGUGCCCGUGCGGACGGCGAGUGAUCAGCCGUACAGGUUGCAGAUGUUUAAGAUUCGAAUGGUUUACGCGUCAGACGUCCGGAAGCAGGACUACGAGGUGGCAGAUGAGAGGAUUAAGCUGGUGAUUUCCGAGGCCAAUGAGAAGGCUCUUCCGGAUUUGCUUGCAGACCCACCACAGCUUGAAGAUGUACUUGGCAAGCCUGAAGCUGAGCUGUGCCCAUUGUGGAUUAAGAAGUUCAAUAGAGAGCUAAUGCAAACACUCUCAUUUUCGGAGCAUGAAACGUUUGACCAUCCUGUGGCAUGUCUUCUAGUUGUGUCGUCAAUGGACAAAGAACCAAUCAGCAAAUUUGUUGAUCUCUUGAACACAAAUCAGUUACCUUCUCUUUUAAAUGAAGGUAUAAUGGAUCCACAAAUUCUGAAGCAUUAUCUCGUACUACAUGACCAACAAGAUGGGCCACAAGAGAUAGCUGCGAACGUCUUAGCGGAAAUGCAGAGCACCCUUGGUUUGAAUUAUUGUAAAUUAUUAUGUAUAAAUUCUUCUACAGAGGCAGGUGGUAGUAAUGCUGAUGAUUCGUGGUUACCUUAUAAAGCUCUUGGUUUAAACAACCAUGAAGGGGCCUGUUUCCUUAACAUGGAUGAUUUGAAUGAGAUAAAGGACUUCAUGCAAGAUUUUGCUUCUAAUCAUAUCAUCCCCUACAUGGAGCAAAAGAUUCGCGUCCUCAAUCAGCAGGUAGCCACGACAAGAAAGGGUUUUAGAAAUCAAAUAAAGAACUUGUGGUGGAGAAAGAAAGAUGAUGUCCCAGAAGCACCAAAUGGGCCAAUGUAUACAUUCACCUCCAUAGAAUCGCAGAUUAGAGUUCUGGGUGAUUUUGCUUUCAUGUUACGGGACUACGAGCUUGCUUUGUCCAAUUACAGAUUACUCUCCACAGAUUAUAAGCUUGAUAAAGCUUGGAAGCGAUUUGCUGGUGUACAGGAGAUGAGUGGACUCUGCUAUUUCAUGUUGGAUCAGUCAAGGAAGGACGCAGAAUAUUGCAUGGAAAAUGCAUUCAAUACAUAUCUGAGAAUUGGAUCUUCUGGGCAGAGAAAUGCUACUAGAUGUGGCCUUUGGUGGGCAGAAAUGCUUAAAACAAGAGGACAGUAUAGGGAGGCAUCAACUGUCUAUUUCCGCAUUUCUAAUGAGGAACCUUCCUUGCAUUCCGCUGUACUGCUUGAGCAAGCCGCUUGUUGCUAUUUGUUGUCCAGUCCACCUAUGCUUCGGAAGUACGGAUUUCACCUAAUCUUAGCUGGGAAUAGUUACUACAUGUCUGAUCAGAAACAACAUGCUGUUCGGGCUUACAGAAAUGCUCUGUUUGUUUACAAACAAUAUCCUUGGAGUUACAUCAAUGAUCAUGUACAUUUUAAUGUCGGGAGGUGGUAUGGAGUCCUUGGGAUAUUUGAUGUAGCCAUCAAGCACUUGCUGGAGGUCAUUGCCUGUAGCCAUCAGUCGCUGACUAUGCAAAACGUGUUCCUCAAUGAUUUUUUCCAUUUUGUUCAGAGUAUGGGGAAGAAAUUUGGUGUACACAAGCUUCAACUUCCUGUUUUCAACAUGUCAUCGCUCAGAGUUAUAUAUGAAGAUCAUCGCACUUAUGCAUCAGAUGCAGAUGUUGACGUUAGCGAAAGCAUUUGGCAGGAGUUGGAGGAAGAAAUGAUCCCAUCAUCAUCAAUUGUCAGAACUAACUGGCUGGAUGAUCAACCUAAAUCUUCUGCUUUGAGAAAAUACAAGGGCUCCUGUGUUUGUGUAGCUGGAGAAGCAGUAAAAUUGAACGUUGAGCUCAAGAAUCCUCUACAGAUUUCUGUUGCUGUUUCUGGCAUUUCUCUUAUAUGCCAACUUUCCACCACUUUGGACGCUCUAAGUUCUGAGGUAAGUGUGUUGACCAUGGAUGCUGUGGAAGAUAAGGCUAAUACAGAGCCCUCUGUUUCAAUAUUUGAGACUGACGAAAAUAAUUUCACAGUGUCAAAGCUUGACAUUGUACUGGGAGGAGGUGAAAUUAAAAGAGUGCAACUUGAUGUUACUCCAAAAGUUGAAGGUAUUCUGAAGCUAGUUGGGAUAAGGUGGACACUUUCAGAUUCAGUAGUAGGUUAUCAAUACUUUGAAUCUGACACACGAAAGAAAAACAAGAAAGGAAAAAAAGGCCCUCGUCGUUCUUUGAACAACAGCCUGAUUGUAAUCAAGGGUUUACCAAAACUUACAGGAUAUAUUGAUCACAUGCCAACGAGAGCAUUUGCUGGUGAUUUACAGCUCCUCACACUAAAUCUGAGAAACCAUUCAGAUUAUGCUGUGAAGGGCAUAAAAAUGAAAAUUAGCAAUCCAAGAUUUGUAAUUCCUGGUGAUUCAUCAGACAUCAACCUCAAGUUUCCGCGCUGCUUAAGAAAACAUGCACAGUCCGAAAGCAAUGAUGUAUUGCCUAUAAUUACUAAGGAGAAAUUCAGGGGUUUGCUCUUUGCAUUUCCUCAGGAUAUUGAAAUUCAAGGAGGAGCAACACUCUCUUGGCCUAUUUGGUUUCAUGCUGCAACUCCAGGAAAUGUUUCUCUUUAUAUAUCUCUAUAUUAUGAAAUUGAGGGUUCCAGUGACAUAACAUACCGUACACUGCGCAUGCAUUACAAUCUUGAGGUUGUGCAAUCGCUUGAGGUGUCAUUUGCUAUAAGUAUGUGCUCAUCAAAAUUGCAAGAGUAUAUCGUGCGCAUGGAUGUCAUUAACAGGACUCCAUCUGAGUCAUUUGUACUUCAUCAGUUGUCAUGUGUUGGCAGUAAAUGGGCAGUUUCAGCGCUGCCUUCAUGCAAUUCGAUCAGCUCUGUUGAAACAGUAUUCGCAAAUCAGGCUGUGUCGUGCUUCUUCGAGAUAAAGGAUUUUGGGACAGGUUCAUGUAAAGAGGCAGAAAGCAGUUCCUACAGAUGUGAUAUUGCUUUAUGUCCUGGGAGCAGCACUGAUGUGUUUGACAUUGCUCGAUCUCCUCUAGCUGAUUUUCACUAUCAAGAAAGAUGCAGGCAAGGGAAAUUACCUAAGGGGCCAUGCAGCCUUCUUGAUUUUGUUCUGAUCUCAAAGGCGGUAGCUGGUAACUCUUCCAAGUCAGUACAAGACUUGCAACUACUUUCCCAUCACACAUGUCAUUGCAGUGCCCUAAGCCGGAGCCCUAUAUGGUGGCUUAUGGAAGGACCUCGAACUGUUAGUCAUGAUUUCUCAAAGUCUUACUGUGAGGUCAACAUCCAGUUGGUGAUUCACAAUUCUGCAGGACAUAAGAUUUGGGUGAGAGUGGUUACUUUUGAUGGUAUGCCAGAGAAAAGUCAAACUGUACAUCCGCAGGAUUCGACCAGUGCUCUGGGUGGAUGGUAUGAUGUAUCACCGGAAAAUGACAUAAAAGCGAUCUCUAGUGCCAAGGGUACACAUUUUCAAAAGCAAUCUACGGAGAGCAUUUCACCGUAUGUUUGGUGUUCAUUGAGUUCUGCUCAAAUUGACCUGCAACCUGACAGUUCUGCUAGAGUUCCUCUAAAAGUGUGCAUAUUUGCACCUGGUACAUACAAUUUUUCCAAUUAUGAGCUACAUUGGAAAGUGCAUCCAUCUGAGGGAGCACAAAUGGAUGAAAAUGACAGACUGUCAUCUGGUGGUGAUCAAGGGCAUCCCUUCUAUGCUACGGUUCUUCAAAGUGCCUAGUGAAUUAUCAUGACGGGAGAAAACCACCUUUAAUGUCCAUGUAGUUCAGCCCGGGACUUGGAGAGCGCAUCCAAUGGCAGCAUAGUGAGGCUGUAGACCUCCACCACUCCAAUCCUGGUGGUGGUGUGAAGAUUGGCCCUGUAAGUACCCUGAUUGAAUAUAGAAUGCGCAUAUUUGUGGAUACCCUUUUGAUUGUUCAGCUCCAAUGCAAGUCCUUUUCAAGGAUAAUCCUGGUGACUACAUGUAUACAAUUGUUGUUGGUGAAACUUUGGUCCGAGGAAAGAUUCAGACUUGAGACAACAGAGGUUUUGUUUGUCAAAUUGUUGCUGUUGCUUGUAGGCUUUUAUACCAUUCUUGUACAUCCUUUUCAAUCAUAUCGCACUGUUAGACACUUCUCAGAUGUAGUAUGUGGUUAUAGUUGUUCAAUUAGAUAACUUUAUGUACUUGCUGAAGGUAAUUAGACAUUCUUCUUGACACUGUUGUUCUAUGGACGAAAUUUUGUUGGCUAGUUUUGAGGCCAUAUUGUAUCCUGUUACUCUUUU